AUGGCCAAAGACAAGUCCGAAAAGAAGGAUAAGAAGAGAAAGGAGGCGGCGGAGACCGUCUCUGAAUCUAUCGAGGUUGUAGACGUCGAGAUGGAGGACUCAGCAAAGGCCGAGAAGAAGGGGAAGAAGGCAAAGGACGAUAUCAUCAUUCCCUUGGAGGACCUAUCACCAAUAGCGCACCCAUUAGCGCAAAAAAAGCUAGUCAAGAAACUGCACAAAACAAUCAAGAAAGCCUCCAAGCACCGACAGGUCAAGCGCGGCGUCAAGGAGGUUGUGAAGGGUAUCCGGAAGGGAGAGAAGGGGUUACUGGUGCUUGCGGCGGACAUCACACCAAUCGACAUCAUCUCGCAUCUGCCUGUAUUGAGUGAGGAUGCGGGUGUUCCCUAUGUGUUUGUCACGUCGAAAGAAGAACUUGGCCAUGCGAGCGCGACGAAGCGACCGACGAGUUGUGUCAUGGUGUGUCCAGACUCUAAAAAGAAGACAAAACGGAAAGAAGGGGAGGAGGACGAGGAUGAGGACUACAGGGAGUUGUACGACGAAUGCUAUCGGGAGAUUGAAGCGUUAGAUCAAAAGGUUGUGUUCUGA